AUGCGGUUCGCUGGCGUAUGCAUCGUGCUACUCUGGGAGCACAACCACAAGGCCUACGAGAUUGUGACGUGCUACAAGUUCCCGUUUUGCCUGUUUUUCCUCGCCGACAUUCUCGCGGACAUGAAUGACCUCAACCGUUGCUUCCAGAAGCGCAAGCUGGAUGUGACAGAGAUUGCGAAGACCAUUGAGUUCACCACGGAGGAUCUGACGGAGCGGUACUUGACGAACGGAAAACCUUUCGGAGGAGAGGGCAAGAGCUGGCUGUUCAACUUUCUCAAGCUCCACAAAGAGGGUGGAGGCAAGCAGGUCCGGGUGCAAGGCGUGGAUGGGGAGGGACGCCCAAUCAACCACCUCUACACCAUGCACGAGAGGAAGCUGAGGGGGCACAAGCAGGGAAGCACCUACGCCGAUUGCGUGAAGCUGUGCCGCAACUUCGCCCGGGAUUGCGUGGACAACCAGAACGCCCGGCUGGACGACCUGGGGAAGCUGGGACCGACGAAGCUGUUCCGGGCGGGGAAGUGGCCGAAAAUCAAGGCUCAGCGAGAGAAGAAGUGCCGUGAGUGGCUGCAGGGAUGCAGCCAGCCUUUUCGCAACAAGCUACCUGGAUUCGACCUCAAGGCAGCAAAGAGAGAACUCCCGACAUUCUGUGCGAUCAUGGAGACACACCACGAGCUGGAGAGCUUCUCGCAGGGCCUGACCAACUUUCUCAGCAGUGCAGACUCCAAGAGGUAUCGCUCUGCUCUGGCCAAUGUUCUGGCUGUGGCAGAGAGGGACUGGAAGGGCAAGCAGAAGGAGGACGAAGUGGCUGCUAGAGCUGCGGGGGAGAACGGGGAUGAGGGGGAGGAGGAGGAGGAUGAAGUGGAGCAGGACCUGGGCGACAAUCAAGAGCUCGUGGGGGAGGAGGAGGACAACCCCUUCCUGUCGGACGAUGAGGACGUGGAGGAGGUGUAUCACAUUGACAUGCCCGUGCACUAG